AGGUUUGUAUAGUUAGGAAAAAUGCAAUUUACCUUAAAAAAAAAAGUGCUAUUUGAACCUAGAACAAAUUGGACAAACCUGCAGGGCCUUUACACAUUAGGCCCACUGCAUGCCGCCCCUCUUUCUGUUAUUCCUGGGCCAAAAGCAAAGUGAUUUGCGUAAACCCGGACAGUAGUUCAACCAUAUAUAUAAAGUAACAAAGUUCAACUACCGAACUGCCUUGGUAUAAAAGUCUAGCGGCCGUUUCCAGCUUCGCUGAAUCCUGAAGAGAAUCGAGUUUUCCAUGUGAAAGACAGUGAAACGAGACCUGAAAAGAAAGGCAUGCAAGAGAAUCGAGUUUUCCUUGUGAAGGACAGUGGGACGAGUCUUUAAAAGAAGGGCGUGUAAGGUGAAGCAAAAUCAGAUUAUAAGGCAGCAAGGUCUAAUCCAAAAGAGUUGAGAGACAUAACAACCAGCAUUGUCUUCCCAAAUGAAGAUACUGUAAAUGUAUAACCAAGAUUUGCUCAGUGAAACAUCGUUACCUUUUUAGGGCAUUUUGUAUAAUGACUGACAAAGGAACUGUAGUGUUAGACAGUGAUGAUGAUAUAAAUAUUGGACUGGUCAUAUCAGAUGUCAAAUCAUUGGCAGAUGAGGUACAUUUAGAUGAUCAAAGUAGUAGUUCUAAAUCAAAUUUACCCUUAUUGCAACUGAAUCUAGAAAAUGAUAGUAGUACAACAUUUAUGCAAAAAUCUAAGUUGGUUUCAUCCCAUGACAAAUCUCCAUCCUCUUUGCUUCAUCCUCCAAAGGGGAAUGGGGACAGCACAGAAGUUAGUAUUGAUGUUAUCCCAGACAUCCAGGAGUGUCUUUCAAGCUGGAAAACUGUUUUUCCUUGGGUACAAUAUAAGAAAUCAAACAAGCUUAUAUGUGAACUUUGCCAGUGGGGUUUUAAUUUCCCAAAAUAUCAUGAAGUACUUCAGUUCCAUAGUGUAAGUGAUAAAUUCAGCGUUGCUGCAAAACUGAGGGUACACACUAAAAAAAAAUUUCAUAUUAUAGCAAAGGAAGAACAAGCAUUGACAUUAAAACUUUGUGAAGAAUUUUACUGCCUUAUAAAAAAUGAAAUAUUCAAGAUUAAAAGUAUAGAGGAUUUUUUCCACUGGGUAUCUGUUUUUUCCAGUGAUCAAAUACCUCAAAAUACAUCAUUAUUCCCUCUUGUUGUGCAGAACCUUGCUGUGAUAAUAGAAGAAGAAAAUCUGGAGUCUUUAUUUGCAAGUCCAUAUUUUUCUGUAAUUGCAUUUGGUAAAAUGAACUUCAUGAUACUGAGGUGGUUAACCCCACAAAAUGAAGUAGUUGAACAUUAUUUCAGUAGUUUUAUACAAAAAACUGAAGAGAAAUUGCCCAUUUUGGCUUACUUGCAGUAUAGAGGCCUUGAUAUGUCACGUAUGGUUUCCUUCUCAGAUGUAAUAGAGCCACCCAAGGAAUUCAUAAGAAAAGCAACUCUUGCAGUCAAUGUUGCAAACCGUUUAUGUUCAGUGGAUGCCCUCCUCAUGUGGUUGAGUAAAACAGAAUGCUUGCAGGAUAUAUUUCUGCAUCUGGAAGCUGUUUUUAAACUUUGUCACUUAACAAAAUUUCCACCCAGAAUGAAACAACUCCAAGUAUUGGAAAACUUUGGUAUUUCGGAAGUAUACAAGGCUUUGAAAGUGGAAUGUCUUUUGUAUAAAAUAUUCAUUAAUUAUAUUUAUCUUGAUGAACUAAUACACCAGUUUUCCAGCAGUUACAGUUUUCAAGGAUUAGACUUCCGAAGAUUAAGCUUAAGGAAGGACAGUUCAUUGAUUGAAAUACUUUUUUUUCUUCCAAAGUUGAAUGAAAUUGUUGAAGAUGUUGACUCUCCAGAUUGUCUUGAAGAUCUUCAAAAACUUCGAAACAUAAUUACUUCCAAAAUAGUUGAAAAGAAAGGGGUCAAAGGAAUACAUGAUGAGAAAGAGAAUUUAGUUAUAACUGUAAUAGAUACGUUUAUUUGCCAAGCGAUUUCAACGAAACAGUCACAGACAUUGACAAAAUUUCCAUACAUUGACAUCUUGUCAAAAGAGAUGAGAAACAUUACGGUCGUAGAAUUUGAAUCUGUUUUUUCAUUAUUCAUGCCUAGCCUUGGAAAUGGCAAGGGCUUCCAACAGUUGAAACAGUUACAGGAUGUAUUUUAUGAAAAUAAAAAUGAUUCUCCGCUUAAAAUUCUAUCCAUGCUGCAAAGCUGUCCAGCAUAUCAUCAGAAGUAUGCUGAGUUACUGAGGUUAGGACAGAUGAUUAUGGUUAUUCCAGCUUUGAAUGCACAUGUGGAACGGUAUGCUUUUGAAAUUGGUGUCACAGAGUUUGUUUUGUCAAAAAAAUUUCCAAAAGACCUGGAACCAUUGAUAACAUAUUUAAACAUUGAGGGACCACUUGCAUUCAGUAGUUUAAAUAAAGAGAAAAUAUUAAAACUGUUCUCUGGAGAGUAAGUUUGAAUCACGUGUAUGUUGUAUUAUGAAUAUUUUUAACCUGAAAAAUGUGUCGAUAUCAUUUUACAACAGUCCAGUGUUGUGGCUAUCUUGACAAAAAUGCUCCUCUUCAGAAUCUAAUGUAUAACAUUACCAAUGCCUUUCUAAUUAAUUCAUGCAUGUACAGUAGAACCCAGGUCGUCGACCAUAUUAGAGCUCAACAUAAUCGUAUUUGUUCCUACAUGGUAUACAAACCGUCGGUCCUUUAUUAUAGGAAUUACUUAAGACGAAGCCUGGAUGUGGCCACUGAAUUUUCAAACAAGGCGGUACGGUAGUAACUACCAUCUGGUCGUUGGUUAUGCCAAGACCGGGGUUGAACAUUCAAUUUGCUUUCGGCCGCCAUCGAGUGAGCUCACUUCGCUUAGCUCUCUGCCCAACUGACUUGCUGGAUUUUCUCUGCUUCUUUCCUGGUGUGAUUUUUCUUUUCUUUUUUUGUGUAUGUUUUUUGUGUGGUUUUGUUUGAGUCAUUAUCAUGAACCCUCAACAAACCCUAGAUCUCCAGCCCUUGUUGCCGUCUACUUCCUACAGGCAUUGCUUGGGAGUACACAGCAAGAAAUGUAAUCAAAUUAGAGCCUCUGUGGAAGUAGAUCCACAUACAUUGUGUGCUUGCCGAGGCAUUGAUUGUGAUGGCAACGUAACUUGUACUGAGUGUUGCUCAUGGUCCGCUGCCCAGUGGGAGAAGUUUGAUGGGAGGAGGAAGUAUGUCAGGAGACCAAAAUCCUUGGUGGGGAGUGUUUCGCCCCCUUCCACUCCUGUAAUUGACUUUUCUUCCUCAUUCUUGUCCCCUAGCAGUCAUCCUACAUUUGCUGCUAUCCCUCCGGGGGAGGCUUCUCUCUCCUUUUACCUUUCUGAUGAGAUGGGGGUGGAGCUUUGGCGGUGGACUGAGCAUUGCGUCUUCUGGGAUCUAUCCUUGGCCCAAAGGUCCUCCUUCGGAUCAAAGGAUGGACCCCUCCUCCUAACCCAACUUUUCAUUCUGCAGAUGAGAUGCUGGGGUUAGAUCAGGCAUUGGCUUCCCUGGGCUUCGUGGGUUCCCGUCAGUGACAGCGCUGCUGGCUCACCUAAACCGUACUCCCAGCAGCGCUGCUACUCACCCAGUAGCUACCCCUACCACUUACACCACCUCCCAGCCCGGCUACUUUUCUCCCCCUGCACUUGGUUUGGUCGCACUAGCUGAUAAGUGUGUCUGCUUCCAUGGGUGGCGGCCAUCAGCUGCCUUCCUUUGCCUUUCUGAUGCUGCCCCCGGGUUCCUGCCUCCCCUGAUGUUGCCAGAAGUGACAGCGAUGCCAGCCAUGCCGAGGGUUGGCCUUGCCACAUCAGAGCACACUGCAGAUCGCUGCGCUGUCCCUCCUGUGACUAUUGGAUCUGCUGUAGUUCCCGUUCCUGCACCCAUUCCUGGACCAGCCACCGUUCCCGUUCCUGCACCCCUCUUCGGACCAGCCACCGUUCCCGUUCCUGCACCCGUUCCCAGACCUGCCUUUGACUCUGCUACUGCCCCUGUAUCUGAGCCUUCUCACUCUGAUGCUCCCUGGAUGGCUCUCACUUCAAUCCUACAGAAGCUGUUGGAGAGGAAGUCGAAGAGGAACAGAUCAAGGAAGGUGUUGUCCUCGUCUUCAACUGCCUCCUCCUCUCCCCCCUUUGAAGGUUUCUUAACCUAAGAAGGGGAAGGUCUCCUCUCCCCCUUCGAAGGUUUCUCAACCUAAGAAAGGGAAGGUCGCUUCUCCGCCCCUUAAGAAGUCUCGUGUCGAAACUUCGAAGGGUGUGCAUUCCUCCUUUGGGAGGAAGGCAGUUGGCCCUCUCCUUCGGGAGUGGGAACUGAGGCUUCGCCUUCAGAGGCGAGGGCCUCAGGAGCUGCUGGUGAAUGAAACUUUGUGUCGGGAUCUCAUUCGUGAGUUUCCUCGAAUGUGCAACCUUGCAAGGGAGGUAGCACAUCCACUGACAAGAACGUGGGAUCAGCUCCCCGUCAGACCCACCUGCGAAGACCAAGUUUAUUCUUCGUCAGGAGCCAAGAACGUUGCACCUCUCCCUAUGGAAAGAGCAAUUGGAGAGAUGAAGAGGAGGUCCCUUGUUCAGCCCUCUUCACCAAGGGCUUUGGCCAUGAAGAACACUGGGGCGUGUCAUGAGGAGGAUGUGCGUUCUCGCCAGGCAGGGGGCCGCGACUCCCACCAGCGCUGCUACCAGUACUACUACAGCAGGGCGAGACCAGUCGCAUUCUCCUUGCUAGUCCGCAUCGUCAGUUCAGUAUGAUAGCAUUCUCCUCGGGAGUCUGCAUCGUCAGUAUGAUAGCAUUCUCCUCGGGAGUCCGCAUCGUCAAUAUGAUAGCAUUCUCGUAGACACACGCACUUGUCACCACCGCGGGGUGGUACAAGUGCGUGGCUCACCCCACCUGGCACCAGCACUGCUAGGAGUGAAGGAGUCCGAUCCAUCUCUCCUAUUCCGUCUACCUCCUCAGGAUGCACCGGGAGGGGCAAGGAGAAUAGUAGGAACCCCACAGAGUGCUCUCCACGGGAUUCAGCAAUAGCGGCCUACGUUCCUGGAGUCUUAGGACCCCAUCGAUCGUACGCUAAAGUCGUAGAGUAUGUAUCAAAGGGGUCUGGCUUGUUUCCUCCAUACAGAGAAGUAGAUCGGGAAAACCGAUCCCUGGAAGGACUUGUGUCUUUACCAAGGGACUCGGACACCCCCGCGAUACAGAGGAUUUUUGCAGACAUUGUCGCGCUGAUUCAUCAGCACAACAAUCUCGGGGAAGCAGCCUCGAUGUAUCCAAGGUUGCCACUUCCUCUGGGCCAUCACCCCAGGGGAAGACAAGCGGUGGGACGAGGAUAAGGACCGGCCUUUUCACCAAGCAGUAGUGAAAGCAUCUGCGCCUUCGCGUUCAACUGUGGCCAGACCUUCGAGUCAGACUAGCACUUCCUCGGCCCCGAAGUCUUCUGCUUCGAAGGGAGCCAGAGGAACGACCCAGCCUUCCUCUUCCUCUUCCAAAGACGAGUCUUAUCCCUGCUUUCAGACCGAUUUCCAGUCAGGACUAAGAAGGAAAGGGAAGAAGAAGAACAAGGGGAAAUGCUAGGACCAGCAUUCCCCCCAGCUGCUGCCAUUGGUUGGGGAGUGCCUAUCGAGCCAUUGGGCAACUUGGCAGCGAUAUGGAGCAGAAACCUGGGUAGUAGAUGUCCUUCAGGAGGGUUAUCUGCUCCCCUUCGAGUCCCCACCACACCUCACCAACCGCCCAGUCCGGCUACUAUUCUACAUGGUGGGAUCUGCGAAACACUAGGCAUUGCUGCAAGAAUUGCAACCAAUGCUUAAACAAGAGUGCUAUCAGAGUCAUAUCAAGAGGGGUCUCAGGGAUUUUACAACCGAGUCUUUCUCAUAGAGAAGGCUUCAGGGGGUUGGAGACCAAUUGUAGACCUUUCUCCCCUGAACCGGUUCGUUUGCCAGAAUCGGUUCAAGAUGGAAACGGCACGAUUGGUGUUGGCAUCCAUCAGGGAGAACAACUUCAUGCUUACGGUAGACCUAAAGGAUGCAUAUUUUCAAAUACCCAUCCACCAGUCAUCCCGCAAGUACCUCUGCUUUGUCCUCGGGGAAACAAUCUACAAUUUCAAGGCACUAUGCUUCGGACUGUCGACUGCCCCCCAGGUGAUCACGAAGGUGUUCAACCUGGUCUUAGCUUGGGCACGUUCAAACAGGAUACGUCUCAUGAGGUAUCUCGACGAUCGACUGGACCUGGCAAGCUCCCGCUCACAGUUGCUACAGGACAGGGAUCGACUUCUCGAGUUUUGUCAGAAUCUAGGGAUCCUGGUAAACCUGAAGAAGACUGAUCUCGUACCUGGACAAGCUUAUAGAUACGCUUGCAGCAAGAGUCUUCCCAACGGACUCUUGUAUCAGCAAGUUCAAAGAGGUAGUGUGGCUUGACAGGAACAACCU